AUUUCUUAAUGCUUGAUGUUGUGGACAGACUUAACUGGCUUAUCGAGCGACGCACUUUAUGAUAGCAGGGAUGACGUGAUCUGACACCAUCAUGGCGCGCCCGCAAGCACUCUGCACCUGAAAACCAGCCAGCCCACUUCCGCAGCACAAUGUGCCAAUAAAGGUCUCCAGACACACACGCCAUGGGUUUAUAUUUAUCGCAGCCAAAUGUCGAUGACACAGCCAAGCAUCCAACGACCGACCCAGGUCAAAGAUGCAUCGCACGAUGGCGCCCUCCAGCUCCUGGCCGCCAGCAGCGCGACCACCCUGGACUGCGAAGCCUCCUACAAGCUCGUCCGGAAGAUCGACCUAUACAUAAUGCCACUAAUCUGCAUCGUCUACUUCCCCCAGUAUCUCGACAAGAUCGCCAUCAGCUAUGCCAGCGUCACAGGACUGCGGGAAUCUGCUCACCUCCACGGGAACCAAUACAAUUGGAUCUUCAGCAUCUUCUUCGUCGGGCAACUGGUUUUCAGCUUCCCAACGAUGUUCGGUGGGUAUAUCGCGCAUGGGAUUGUGGUGCACAUUGGCAGUACGGUCUUCAAAAGAGCUCAGGUGCUGGAAGCGUUGACAGAUCCCCUAACCUGGUUGAGGACGGAGCAGAGGCUUUUCUGGUGUAUCGUCGGCCAUAUUCCGUCCAUCGUUGGGGCUAACCUCAUGGCGACAACAAGGAAGAACCCGGCGUUGAUAGGUAAUUAUCUGUCAGGGGGCAUCCUAAUUGGAUGGACAACCAUUCUCGGACUGACCAGCACGAAUGUGGCUGGGUCGACGAAGAAGAUCACGGUGUCAUGCAUCCAGACAGUGGUCUAUCUUGUCGGGAACAUUAUCUCCCCACAGACCUUCCAGGCCAAGGAUGCACCUCGAUAUCUUCCUCCCAAGAUCUCGAUUGUUGUACUGUACGUGUUGAUAACAUUGGAUCUGUGUCUGGUUCGGUGGGUGUCUUUGCGCGAGAAUAAGAAGCGAGACGCGGAGAAGGUGGCUGAAGGAGGUGUUCAUGUCGUCGAGUAGAAUCAUGAGUUUAUGGAAUUAACAAAUAGAGAGAAUCACGAAC